AUGCCCGCAUCGGGUCUACUCGCGUCCCGCGCGUCCUCUGUUCUCGCCGACCUCACCGCAAUGAUUCAGAUUCACGACGCACCUGCCGCGGCUGCAGCCCUCAAUUUACAUCCAAACAGCGCGGCGCUUUUUCCGCGCGGCUUUGGGGUCGGAAUUGGCGAGCGCGGCGUCAGCAGCUCUUCGCGGUGCGGGUGCCACCAGCAGCUCAACUGCCGAGCUAGGCGGCACGCUCGACUGCUUGCAGCGCGCACACGUAAAGCAGUCAUCGCGCGAGCCGCCAUUCGUUCUGCUUCUCCGCCUCCCUCUAGUCCUUCCUCUUCCACGGGCCGCACUCACGCCGCCAUUGCUGCAGGUGCCACGGCGACCGUGGAGGCCCAAUCUGCGGCCAGCGCGAUUCUGCCGACCGUUGCAAUUCCCACAAUUCUGCCACGUGGCAUCGAGCAAGACAAAGUAGAGGGCAAUUCAGCGAUUCUUAACGACAUGUUGGCGGGCGGUUCGGGGAAGAGUGCAGCGGGUCUCGCGGAGAGUGCAGCGAGAGGGGAGGGCAAAACUGCGUCGCAGGAGGUGGUCGCGUCAGUGGCUGGGGAGCGCGCGGAGGGCGCUGGUCGCACGGCGUUGACGGCGACGGCGACGGCGAUGGUGUCGCCGAUGCGGAGGAAGCGGACAACGGGGCCCGUCGUUCUUCAUGCUGCUGACGGUGAGCGCCGCGAGGGCGGGGGUGAGGAGCGCGAAGAUGGGGUGAGAGCCGCGGUGCAGCGCGACGGCAGCGUCAUCCUGCGCUUCGCCCCCCUGCCCGACCCCCUCGCGCCCACCGCGCACGCCCUCAGCCCUGCCGCCGCAUCAGCACACGCUGAGCAGAACAGCAGCGGGGCGCCCAGGGAGGGCGGGGAGGUGCCGCCACGGGGAGGCGCGGCAGAGGUGCGGGCGGACGCGGGCGUGGUGGCGUUCGUGACGGCGUGCACGAGCGAGUUCAGCCGCGAGGUGCCUGACGCACUCAUUGAGGAGAUCGUGGGGCUGCCCCUCCGCCUCACCCCAGUGGACCACGUGGCAAAGUGGGUGGCCAUCUCAGCGCACCACACUGUCGCCGCAAUCAACCACGUCAUCGACCUGCCAGCCUCCGCCCUCCACCACAGCUCGCUGCCCUCCCUGCCGCACGUGCUUGGCCUGGGCAAGCCUCUCCUGCCUUCCGCCCCCUCUUCCUCGCCUUCCAGUGCACCUCCUGUGGUGGCCCCAACGGCACCAUUCCAAGAUGGCCAACCCACACCUCCACCAGCCGUGCCAGUGUCUGCAGCAACACCCUUGCCAGCCCACUGCGCUCCUCCCUCCCCAGCUGCCUCUAUUGCUGUCACCGCCAUCACAGGUGUCGUGCUGGCAGGCCUGGUUCAGUUCCUAGCCUCGCUCGCAGGUCUGGUGGGACGUGUGCCGGGCGGCAGCAGUGGGGUGGGUCAGAGCAGGCUGCUGUGGAACCUUCCAGCAGCUGCGGUCCUGCUGCUGGUGGCGGCAGUGAAAGUGUGGGCGACAUGGUGGCAUCUGCACCACAGGCAGCAUGUCGUUGCAGCUGUUUAG